AUGGUAAGUUUUGAGAAAAUUGCUGAAAAUUUAAGAGUCUUAUGUGAUCGUUUUGAAGUUAAACAAGUACCCUCGUAUGCUGGAAUGUUGCAAGUGUCAUUGCCUUUGUUUUAUGGUUGUCAUAGAGAAUAUGAUACUUGGGAAAAGAGCAUAGAGAAUUUGUUUGUGUUGCUUAACAUAGAGAAAGAGAGUGAGAAAAUAGCCUUAGCUAUAGGUUGUUUUCGUUCUAAUGCUUUGAAUUGGUGGAAAUUAGUUUCAAAUAUCUAUUCGCAUUAUUGGUUUCGUAAUUUGGAUGAUUGGCAUGAUUUGAGAAGUGCUUUGCGAGAAAGAUAUGCUGGUACUAACACCUUUAAUGAAGCAAAAGUGAAGUUGCUCAAUUGUAAGCAGAAUGGUAGAUCCAUUCAAUCUUACUUUGAGGAAUUAGAGGGGUUGUUUCUGAGUUCAGAAGUGGAUGAGAACGACUACAUGUUGACAGACCGUUUCCACUAUGGCUUGGACAAGUGUUUCAAACAACAUCCAAAGAUAAGGAGACAAUCAAGGCUCUAUGAGGCAUACUAUGCUGCCUUAGAAGUGGAAAGAGAGCAUGAUACUUCUUGUGGUUGGAAUGGUCCAAUUGAGGAUCGGGGUUGGUGUUUGGAGCUGAAGAUGGAGAUCAACGGACUUGUAUCUUCCGUACUAAGUGUUCGGUUGGGUGGUCCAAUGAAGUUGAUUUGGCCAAUCAAGGAAGAAAGGAUGGAUCUUGACUACCUAUGUGAUAGGGAGUUGGUUCAAGAGAGCUAUGAUCAAGGUGAUGAAAAUGUCAUUAACUUUCGGGUGCAAACCAAAGGAGAUGAAGACCUCAUGGAAAUAAGUGCUGAAGAGUAUCAAGAGAGUUUGACUUCUAACCACAAGAAGUAUCAUGCUCUCUUUCCACUUCUAAGGCAGCAUAGUAUGCCUCAUAGAGCCUUGAUUGUCUCCUUAUCUUUGGUGUUGUUUGGUGGUGUUGUCCAAGCCAUAGUGGAAACGGUCUGUCAACAUGUAGUCGUUCUCAUCCACUUCUGA